AGAGGAGGAACGCUGUGCAGUACACGGUGUGGAGGCUGAGGGAGGGAUUCCAGGAGAGGAAGGAUAGAGAGGAGGAUAGACUCAAAGAGACGAGUGCAGAGGGUGCAAAAGCAGAGCAGCCUGAGGUGAUCUGGAAAAAACGAGAGGAAGAGGAGGAGAAAGAUAAGGAUAGAGCUCGGCUUGGCGACAGAGGUCCCAAAAUCAUCUGGAAGAGGAGGGAAAGGUAGUGACGGGAAAAGAUGGGUAUGUGUCAGCGCUAAGCGUUCGUAGAUGUGACAGGAAGUGAGGUGGUAGAUUUAUAGACUUGCAGUAUAAGUAAACCUGCAUGUACUCGGAUUUCCUGUAAUCGAGGUGCUGAAUAGCACAUAUCAGGGGUCGUCAAACUUUUUAGCCCCUCUAUUGUUUAAUUUAAGCCUGGCCUAUAAUAACGUGUAUAGUUUCACAUUAAUAUACCUUGUUUAUUGAAACCCAUAAAAAUCAUCACUAUUAAGGUGUGACUUACUUGUAUAGUACUUUAUAUAUUUACUUAAUACAUUUUAAUGUUAAAAGAAAAAUGAAACAUUUAACUGCACUUUAGCUGAAUAUUGUAUGCAUAUUUGCAUUUUUAUUUUCACUAAAAUAGGAUUGUUUCAAAUCACUCUGUAGUUAGCGGACAUCCGCUUAGUGACUGUAGUCAACGACUAUAGUCGGACUGGCUAUAGAAGAUCCCUGGUGUACAUCUUUUUAACACAUGGACUAAAUUAAGUCUCUAAACCAAACGAAGAGGAUUAUGUUGAUUGUUGCCGGUCUAAUCGUCAGUGAGCAAAGCAGUUUGAAUCAUCAUUAAAUGAUCCACAUUCGCUGGAUCAGUACUUUAGCAUUUUCCAUCCAUCUCUUCCCGCUCUCUUCCUCUCACUCUAUCGAUCCGUCUGUCUGACGGAAGCCUCCUCUCUCAAAGUCUCAGCUGCAGCUAAUAGGCUUUUUAUGGGACUCUGUCAGACAAGAGCUUGUAAAGUGGAUCCCAGUGUAUGCAAAGACAAUGAACACACACAUAAACACAAUUGCAUGCAUAUAAAACACAUCUUUUGAGAUGGAUAGUAUUUACGACACUUUUAUAAAUAUACCAAUAACUUCAUGACAAUCAUACUAUAUUUAGUGAUUCAUAAUGUCCUAAGAAGCUCUAUGCAGACUUGAGAUCUGAUGCAAAACCUUCUACAUGCUGUGUAUGACGACAGCAGAAAACUUUACUUUUUCGCGCCAUUCGUCUUUUCACGUCCUGUUUUUGAUACUUUCCGAACCAAACGGUCAUCUCUCUGGUGCGAUGAUGAAGGAAUCAGUGGAUGCAGAGAAAAAGAGGACUACAAAAGACAAGGGAAGACAAGUUAUUGAUUGGGAUAGAGCAACGUAGAAAGACAUUUAAAGACGUUUAGUGGACACUGAGACGGCUGAGACGCCAUGGAGCUCGUCCCCAAAACCAAAUACACGCCCUUCAGGAGCGACUCCUUCAGCUCAACAGACGAGACGGCGUCCAAUCCCUCCCUCCCUUCUUCUGCUCCUCUCACUCCUCUCACCCCUCCUGGCAUCCCUCCUUCUCUCUCCUCGUCUUCCCUCACCCCCAUCCUCCCUCCUUCGUCUCCGCGGCAGGCUGAGAACAGCCCCACCACCCUCUGCUCCUUCUUCCCCAAGAUGGGAGCCCUGCGGCUGGGCGUGUCUUCCACUCUGCUCCCAGGCCUGAAGGCCUCCAGCAGGCCGGCGAGCAUGCCAGGCGGUCAGGGAGGUUUGGGAGAGUCUCCGGAAGACACUAGGACCUCCGCCGCCAGCUCUUCUCUUCCUCCUCCUCUUCCUCUCCUUUCUCUAACAGCCCCAUCUCCUCCUCCUCGUCCCCCACAGGAUAUGAACCGGCUGGGCGUGGCCUCGCGGAGGGCCCGUGUGGAAGGGGGCCAGCUCGGCGGAGACGAGUGGACGCGGCACGGCUCCUUUGUCAACAAGCCCACCCGAGGUUGGCUGCACUCGGACAAUGUGGUCAGCACCAGCGGGGUCUCUUACUCUGUCAGGUAUAUGGGCUGCGUGGAGGUGCUGCAGUCAAUGAGAGCACUUGACUUCAACACCAGAACUCAGGUUACCAGGGAGGCAAUAUCAGUGGUGUGUGAGGCAGUACCAGGUGCCAAAGGAGCUCAGCGAAGAAGAAAGCCCUCCUCUCGUUGUCUCUCCUCCAUCUUAGGGAAGAGUAAUCUCCAGUUUGCUGGAAUGACAAUCAACCUCACCGUGUCGACCAGCAGUCUGAACCUACUGGCAGCCGACUGCAAACAGAUUAUCGCCAACCAUCACAUGCAGUCCAUCUCUUUUGCAUCAGGAGGAGAUCCAGACACAGCAGAGUAUGUUGCCUACGUUGCCAAAGACCCCGUCAAUCAAAGAGCAUGUCAUAUCCUGGAAUGCUCAGAGGGCUUGGCUCAGGAGGUCAUCAGCACCAUUGGUCAGGCUUUUGAACUGCGCUUUAAACAGUACCUGAAGAACCCCCCCAAACUGGUUACCCCUCAUGAUCGGAUGGCUCCUUUCGAUGGGUCAGCCUGGGAGGAAGAGGAAGAGGACAUGGCUCCACCCCCAGAGGUUCCGUAUUACAAUAACUUCCCGGGUAAACAGCCUCCUCCUGGAGGCCUGGUUGAUAUGAGAAACCGUCCUGGACACAGUACAGGAGCCACGCUGCCCUAUGGACAGCCCAGCCAGAAUGAUAUUCACAAGCAGCCUCUACCUCCUCUACCAGUGGGUGUUAAGGAGGGAGGCUUGUUUGAUGACCCCUCAUACGUCAAUGUGGAUAAACCCCGCCUCCCAGCUGGGGCGGCAGCAGCAGCCAAUGGAAAUGCUCAUAGAGAUGCGUUUGACAUGAAGCCAUUUGAUGCUGCUUUAGGGGUGUCAGGAGCAGUGGCGCCCCCUCUGGCAGAGCAGUUGCAGAACGAGCCCUGGUUCCACGGACCUCUAAGCCGCAGGCAGGCCGAAAGACUCCUGACCAAGGAUGGAGACUUCCUGGUGCGGGAGUCAGGCACCACACCAGGCCAGUACGUCCUCACAGGACAGCAGGGCAGCCAAGCCAAACACCUGCUUCUGGUGGAUCCUGAGGGAGUGGUGCGCACCAAAGAUCACCGCUUCGAGAGCGUCAGUCACUUGAUUAGCUAUCACAUGGACAACCGCCUGCCAAUCAUCUCAGCAGGAAGCGAGGUGUGUCUGCAGCAGCCAGUCGAUCGCCGAGCUUGAGAAAAAAGGCCGAUUUUUCUCCACCAUCCUUUUUAGAGAAAAAAAACUCCUCCCUUUCCCUCUCCCUUUUUUUUUUUUUUUUGCCAGACUCUUUUAGAGGAAGACUUUUUUUUCCAAAAUGGGAGCGUAAGCUAAUCAUAUCUUCACAGAAACACAGAAUUUGUUCCGCAUCAACCACCGGCCAUGAAAUUAAGGAGCGAUGCAAUCAUUCUACUUGAAAUAACCGAUUACAAAAACCCAAACGAUAAGGUGUCUGAAAGAGAAGCUGAAGCGUAAUGGAUAUGACAUCACUUCCCCAACACAAUACCAUGAAUUAAGACUGGGGUGCACCUGUAACCAUGGCAACAGCCCCAGGCGUUUUUAGAGUCGAGAGUUGAUGUGAAAGUACUAAAACUGCAGAACCUUUGUAGCACUCUAAAGAUUCACAUCUAGUGCAUUGGGCGAAAUCCAAAGACUUAAGCUUCAUAUCGAUCGUUCGUUUUGUUGUGGUCGGUUUUUAAAUCCUUGCAUUGCCGUGGUCUCAAGACUGUUUGAUGAAUAUGCAAAACUUUAAAGAGAAUACAGCACUCACACUCCCAUCACAGAUGUCACCGUCCACAUCAAAUAAAUAUCCUCCUUUCUAAUUCCUACCUGAAUUUCCAGUGUUCCUAUCAAGGGAUAACACUCAAAAUGCCUCUAUUUCUCACCCUCACAAAACCCAUAUAGAAUUCCGAACAUGAUCCCCUAGGAAAAAUUGGGAAUUUUGGCUUUUUUUGGGAACACCCCUGAACAUAAUGUGAAAGCUUUAGCAGCAAGGGAGCUGUGUGGAUUUUUCCUUAUGCAAUUAAGCAGACGCUGUGAGGAACUUAUGCUGUCCGUUAUGAGGUAUUACGAACUAGUAUGUGGAAAAAGGGAACAUUCCCUUUCUACAUAACAUAUAUCAGACUGGGAGAAAAGGGACGAAAAAAAAAAUAAUGAAGUGCAAUCUGUCAACAUGGAUGAGUAAGCCGGAAUAGGACUGAGGGACUGCGGUUUGAUAUCAAACAGUUUAAAGCCUAAAUAUGAUGUCAUUUUAACCAGGAAUUUAUAUAUUUGUUGCAAUGAUGUAUCUGGUUGAUCAGCUGACGACAUUAGCGUCCGGAUGGUUUUAUUCUGGGAAAUGGAGGUUCUGUUUUCCUUUGUCUUUUCCUCUAUUCGCAUUGACUAUCAAUUUUCACGUGUAUCGGAAGUUUCAGCUGCUUCAGUAUGUUUAGAGCCUUGUUACAAGAGAUGAUGUGUAUUGUGAAAUAUGCAUCUUUUUUUUUAAGGUUCACUGUAAUUACUCUGUAUUUGAAUAUUGCAAGUAUCCAUCCAGGAAGAGGAAGAGCACUCCAAACGAAAUCUGAACGUGUCUUUGCAGCCACAAGUGCAGUUUUUUUGUUGAAGCCACAAACAGGAAACCACUUUUUUCAUUGUUUGUUCUGAAAUUGAUUGUGCCUUUUUACCAAACACAGACACAACGAUAAAACACAGUCGCCUUUUGUGGUCCUAUGGGUAAUUAUGACACUUUCUUUUCUGAAAAAAAAAAAAAAA